AUGCAGGGAGAGGUCAGCGGCUCUGGGGCUCGCUGUGUGUCUCUGGCGGGGGUCUUCUCGGGAGAAAGACAGACCCCCGCGGACGAGCGCCUCCACACACCCCACCGGCCGGCCGCGGCGGGCUCAGGGGGGACUCCUGGCGGCAGGGCGAGGGAGCGCCAGGCGGCUGUUGGGUACCGCAAGCUGAGAACACUCCUGUGGGUCUGGGCAACUCUGCAGCUGUGGAACAUGAGCCUGUCUCUCUCUGGCAACACCCUGCGGGUGACUCUGGAACUUCCCGUCCACAGAGGGAAGGAUUCCACCCUGGCCUACGAAGACCUGCACCCCGGCGGCUGGAGCAAGUACCGCGUCUAUGUCCGGAGGGUGUCCGAUAACACUGAGCAGGUGCUUGUGGAAAGCAACCGGACUUUUGAGCUCCCUCUGCUGUCCUGGGGUGAGCGGUAUUGUCUCAGCGUGGAGCCCCACCUGCCCUCCCGGCCCAAUCCUGCCAAGCGGACAGAAGAGCAGUGCAUCUCGACCCCUCCCCCGGAAGGUGGCGCCUGGGCCACGGCGAUCCUCAGCUCGGCCCUCCUCAGCCUGGUGGCUCUUGGCACUCUAGCAGCGGCCUGGGUCCGUGCCCGUGUGAAGAAGCCCAUGGAGACCCCGUCGGUGCUGAAAUCUUUCCGGAAGCAGACCUCCCCCUGGCUGCGGAGUGAGCCCUGGACUCUCGGGAUGAGCGGCGGGGACCCAUGCUCAGACGUGGAGUCCAUCCACCCGAUUCCCCUGGGGCUGAAGGCCCACCCCCACCCCUACCCGGCCCGUGCGAGCCACUCCGGGAGGGCAGCCUGUCGAGUCCCAGAGCAGGUGAUGUGCUGGACGCCAGAAGCCGUCCCCAGCAGCAAGGCAGGAGGCCCACGGCUCAGAGACCGGACAGACGGCAGCGGCUGCAGCACGGACAGCGGCAUCUGCCUGCAGGACCCCCCGGGCAGCCACAGCCUCCUCCCACCCACAGGACCACAGGGGGGGCGUGGGGGGCAAUCACCAGGAAGCAGCAAAGAGGGCUGUGGCCUGGAGCCGGAGGAAGAGGGGCUCCCGCUAGGGCCCCCCGCCCCUGAGGCACCGCCGGUGGGCCUGGACACCGGAGAGGCACUGGCGCAAGCGGUCCCGCCCCACGCUCGGGUCUCCAGGGGCCAGAGGCAGGCAGGGGGCCCAGGGGAGGCUCUGGGCUCUUCCGGCUGCCCCCCCGGCCCCGAGGGCGUGGCCAAGCCCGUUCUGGCCUCUGGCUACUUGAAGCAGGCCUCCGUCGCCGUCCUCCCUUCCCCGGGGGCCCAGGGGGCUGAUGCUCCGGAGGCCAGCUGGGGGCCCCCCAUGGGCAGUGCGCGCCUGGGGCGGCGGCUCUCGCUGUCCAGCUUGGCCCCGGGUGGGUUGGAACCCCUGCCGUGCCUGCCACCGGAGUCCCCCAAGGCCCUCCUGGCUUCCGGCUUCCUGGGGCAGGAGCCUGCCUGGCCUUCCGCCCACCUCUCCCUCUUGUGCGCCAGCGCACACCUCAGCCUGAGCUUCCCCAGGUGCCGCGUCUGA